UCUCUCGCUGGUCGACCCAUCAUAUAAUACACCUGGCCCAAUUGACUUACUACUUGGAGCUGAUCUUUUACCUUCAGUGUUCCUUGAUGGCACUCGAAAGGGCCAAGUUGGUGAACCUCUCGCAAUGAACUCUGUUUUUGGAUGGGUGCUUAUGGGCCCAACGGACCUUAAUGACCGCUCUUCUGUUGCCACACUUAGCGUGAAUAUUUCCGAACCUAUUGACUCGUUAAUUAAAAAAUUCUGUUCAGGCAGAUUUGUUGUCACACUUCCGUUUCUGAAACCACGUCCACUGCUUGGUGACUCAAAAACACUAGCUUUGCAACGGUUCAAGGCCCUAGAAUGUCGUCUCAACCGCAACAAAGACCUGCAAGAUCAAUACGCUGAGUUCAUGCGUGACUAUCUGACGGCUGGUCAUAUGGAGUUGAUUCCAUCGUCUGAACAAAGCCACCCGUUUCAUUAUUAUAUUCCACACCAUUGCGUGCUUAAGCCCGAUAGCCUGACUACAAAGCUUAGGGUUGUAUUCAACGCAUCUGCAAAAACGUCAGCCGGUAUUUCUUUAAACGACAGUAUGUACACAGGUCCCAAACUGCAACCUGACAUACAAGUUGUCCUCCUUCGUGCUCGACUUUGGAAAUACUUAUUUAUGGCUGAUAUAAGGCAAAUGUAUCGCCAGAUUCUCAUCCAACCAGCCGACAGAGAUUAUUUGCGGAUUCUGUGGAGAUUCUCGUCCACAUCUCCGAUUGACGAGUACCGGUUAUGUACUGUGACGUACGGCACCUCUGCAGCUCCCUUCCAAGCACUUCGCACUGUUCGCGAAUUAGCGACUGUAGAUGGUGCAAAAUGGCCGAUAGCUGCGUCUGUAUUGUUGAAUGACACGUUUGUUGAUGACAUCCUGACCGGAGCCAACUCAACAGAAACCGCUCUUAAAUGCCAAACCCAAUUAAUAAACUUGUGUGCUAUGGCGCAAUUUCAAUUGCGAAAGUGGGCCAGCAACAAUAGUCAACUUCUUCAAACUGUCCCAGAAGAAUUCCGUGCCAUUUCACCAUCUGUCCUGUUUGACAGCAGUGAACAUUCCGACUUGAAGAUACUCGGGCUGAAGUGGGACCCGGUAGCUGAUAAUUUUUCUUUCAAAGCUAAACCGACAGCAGUCAUUCCAACGAAGCGUACAGUCCUUUCAGACAUUGCUAGGAUUUUUGAUCCGUUAGGCUUGCUGUUGCCAAUAACAUUCUGGACCAAACAUAUCAUGCAGCAACUUUGGAUUGCUGGAAUCAAAUGGGAUGAAGAAAUACCAAAGGAUAUCGCUGUAAUGUGGACACGAUAUCAGUCAGAACUGAUGUUAAUUGAAACCGUCUCUAUUCCUCGUCGAAUAACAUUUGAUGACGCCACGUCGAUACAACUCCAUGCAUUUUCGGAUAGUUCGGAAAAAGGAUACGCUGCAGCCGUGUACCUUCGAACCAUAACUUCUACAUCAGUUCAUUGUCACUUUGUGACCGGCUUGUCGAAAGUGGCGCCUCUAAAAAGAUCUACGAUUCCGCGACUUGAACUAUGUGGUGCUGUCUUAGCCGCCAGACUUCUACGGUUCGUCAUCGAUACCUAUUCAACUCGUAUCAAAGUCGAUAAACUCCAUGCCUGGACAGACUCAACCACCGCUUUAGCGUGGAUACAGUCGUCCCCUCAUCGUUGGGCUACGUUCGUUGCUAACCGCACUAGCCAAAUUCACGAGCUUACGUCACCCGACAUUUGGAACCACGUCCCCACACAUCAAAAUCCAGUCGAUUGUGCGUCUCGCGGCCUCUUUCCAUCAGAACUUGCUACUCAUCCGCUGUGGUGGACAGGACCUGCAUAUUUACUAGAAUCUUCUGACAAGUGGCCGUCUGCUGUAGCCCGUGCACAUACAACUGAUGCUCACAUUUCCACAGAAGCACGAAAAUGUACCGUCCUCCUAACUACGACAAACUGCUCAAUUAGUAAUGUUCUACAACGUUUCUCAUCUUUAGACAAAGUCCUUCAUAUUAUAGCCUAUUGUCUUCGGUUCUCCAAAUCCAGUCCAGUUACUUCGUACACACACCUUAUUGAUGCUAGGGAACGAUCCCAUGCCUUAUCGGCCCUAGUUUUUUACGUUCAACAAACGUCAUACCCCGAUGACAUUUCGUCCAUAAAAAAAGGGUUGCGUUGUUCUCCCUCCAUUCGGAAACUUGAUCCGUUCAUUGACGACCAUGGACUUAUCAGAGUGGGCGGACGUCUUACUAACGCUGACCUGCCAUACGCUCACAAACAUCCACUGCUGUUACCGUGUCAUCAUCGCUUAGCUGUGUUACUCAUUGACCAUCAUCACCAUAGGCUAAAACAUCCAGGAUCUAUAGCCCUUCAAGCUCAUUUGCAGCGUGAAUUCUGGAUACCUUCGGCACGAAAACUUAUUCGAUCUCGCAUACGACUCUGUAUCGCAUGUUUCCGUACCCGGCCACGGUCAGUUCAGCCUAAAAUGGCCAGUCUGCCAAGUUAUCGAGUUCAACAAGUUAAACCGUUUGCCAUCACUGGUGUGGACUACGCUGGCCCUAUCACGCUGAAGGAAACUCGUGGUCGUAAAUCCGUACCUAAACUAGCGUAUUUUUGUUUGUUCAUAUGCACCACUACAAAAGCAAUUCACUUAGAGCUGAGUUCUGACUUGUCCACCGAAUGUUUUUUGAUGGCGUUUACUCGCUUUUCAGCCAGACGUGGGCCCAUUAAAUAA